AUGAGGGAAAAUUCGAAUCGAGAGCAACAGCCACCGCCACCCGCUAUGCCGACGCGAAAUCCAUCCGCACCGUCGACACGCGCAUCGGAGGCGGGUGAGCGGGCACCGCUGUUAGGGGGCCACGAGGCUGGGCAUGGCGAGCAUUCCAAAAUUACGUCCUUUCCUCGUCGUCAUCUCUUGCUCCUUGUAUGUCUUUCUGUUGUAGCCGCUGAUUUCGGCAAUUACCUUGGCUAUGCCCCUCAUAUCGAAAUUCUUGAGUCGAUUAUCUGCCGCCGGGCUAGAGGCAGCAACUCCUUUGUGGGAAAUGACAACUGCAAGUCACCUGACGUGCAAGGAGAAUUGGCUCUUAUCAAUGGAUGGAAAGACACAUUUGACCAAGUCCCAGGAAUCCUCCUUGCCCUUCCGUAUGGGUUUGCUGCCGACAGAGUAGGUCAAGAAAUUUCCAUACGAUUAAUCUUUUUCUUUAAUUCCGCCCUGCCGCUGCGGAUGGUUUGGGCGACUCCUGUUUUUCAAAUCAUCGGCGGCGGACCCCAAAUAGCGACCGCUAUGGCCUACGCUAUGGUUACCGAUAUGGUGCCAGGUAGUCAAAGGGCAUCUGUUUUCUUCAUCCUGUCUGCUGCGACUCUACUCGGCGAAAUUAUUGCUACUCCGGUUGCAGCAUUCCUAAUGUCGUGGACCCCAUGGAUUCCUUCACUGUUGGGUCUAUUCUUUGAGUGUUUAGGACUGCUCGGAGCCACUUUUAUCUCUGAUAUACCUUUCGAUUCAGCGCCAUCCAACGACCAACAGGAUCUUGAAGAGGAGGAAGAAGGCCAGGAACAAGGACAUGAUUUGAGCUUGACGGAUGAUCCACCAUAUCUACAUUGGAAAAAUGCCAUACGACGGCAGUGGAACCACAUUCAAAACGACUAUUCGACAUCCUGGAGCGCAAACCUUUUCUACACUGUCGGGGCAUUUUUACUUGCAAGUAUCGGUCGGCAAGCGCUACAACUCAUUGUUCAAUAUGCUUCAAAUCGCUUUUCUUGGAGCAUUGCGCGUGCCAGUUCACUCAUCACUCUGAAGGGCAUCAUAAAUCUCGUCACUCUAUUGUUCAUUCUACCUUGGCUUUCCAACUGGCUGAAUAAAAAUUUGCUUCUGUCCCCCGCUGCCAAGGAUCUCCGUAUUGUUCAAGGCAGUGUGUGGCUUCUAACCCUGGGGUCCGCCAUCAUGGCCGUUUCCACUUAUCCGGUCACAUUCAUAGUGGGAGUUAGCUUGCUCGCAUUUGGAUGGGGCUUCUACUCGGCCCUGCGAAGUCUAGCGAUGGAACUAGUAUCACCAUCGCAGGUAGGUAUUGUGAACACGGCGAUUGGGUUCGCCCAAAGUAUUGGUUCUCUGCUGUCAGGGCCCAUUCUGGCUGCCGCAUUCCGCCGGGGGUUACAGGAAGAUGGGCUUUUGGUGGGCUUGCCCUAUAUGGUUGCUGCUGGUCUAUUCUUUCUAUCCGGUUGCUUGACAGGUUGUAUCCGGAUUCCACGGGGAAUAACUGGCGCCUGA